AUGCCAAGAGUUAGCAAACCACGAUCACGAGUUCGUCAGCAGGAUCAACGACCAUCCAGUAUUCAACCGUCCGUCGAAGUACCGAGCAAUUUGGGCGAGUUAUCAAUUUUAGAGUUGAAGAACCUUUGCCGCGAACUCAACUUUUCCUGCGCUGGCGGCCGACGGGUACUUACAACGCGUCUACAAAACGAAAGAGAACGUCUAAACACGAAUACGCCGCAAUCCAACAUUCAAACCGUUCCAGUAAACAACGCGUUAUCUAAUUCCAACGCAAGGGAAAGCUUCAGCGCCGACCAACUGGCACAGAUCACGCAGAUUGUUUCGCAGUCGAUUUCGUCUUUCUUGGAAAGCCAACACGCCACAACAACCGCGACUCGUGUAGAUGAGCAGCCAACUAUCCCGCCACCGCCAACGCCACUCGAAAGGCUAGAACAGCUUGGUCAAUUUCCAUUUUUAAGUUCCAGCGAGCUCCAGCAGCAGCCGACUUCAUCCCAUGGACCUGUUGCCUCAAUCCAGCAAACAGAUGGGGGAUUCACGCCAGAGAUUCCAAACAAAUAC